AUGGGCGCAGGAGAGGCACAGAAAGACUUCAGCGCCGUCUGGGACGAAGUUGCUCUCAAGAAUCUGCGUUCAAUAUUAGUGGCGACCUUCGUUACAGCCACGUUGGCCGGGGUCAACUUACAGCAGCUUGUCACCUAUGUCUCCCGCUCACGGUACGACGCGCCUUGGCUCAAGCUCACAGUCGCUGUCGUUUCAACGCUUAGCUGGAUAGACACUUGCUUCACGUUAUAUACACUCGACUCUUGGGUCAUAGUCAACAAUGGCGAUUAUGCUACGCUCGAUCGCUUCGGCGUACCCUUUGCACUGCAUCCUGUGCUCGUUGGCGCCAUUGCGGCGGUCUGUCAAUGUUUCUACGCCUGGCGAAUUUACGUUCUUAGCAGGCGCUCACCAUACAGUCCCAUCCUGAUCAUCUUGCUCGCACUCGCGAGUCUCGGUUCGGGCGCAUCGACUUCACUCGCCUUGCUCGAAGCCCGUGCAUUCAGCAAGGAUCGUGCGACGCCGCUUGUCAAUGCGCUUACACUCUGGUUUCCUGCCGCUUGCGAUCUCGCCAUCUUUGUACAGCUCAUCUGGAUCUUGUCGGCCCUUGUUGCAGCUUCCGAGGGAACAGAUGUCACCUACAUAUUCGAAAAGCUCGUCCGAUUAGCCAUCGAGACGAACUUUCUGACGUUCUGCCUCGCCUUCGCGGCGGGCAUACUGUUCAUCAUCGGAAGCCCGCGCUACCUCUUUCUACCGUUGCCAUUCAUCAUUGGCCGCGUAUAUGAAGCGACGCUACUCUACUCUGUCAACUCACGCAUCGUCACGACUGCCGCAACCCCAGUAAGCCCUUGCGAUACUUCUUUGCCGAUCAUCACACCUGUCAGACCUGUACCGAGCACAGACUACAUACAGCUUGUCUCGCGCAUGAAGCGACAGGAAGAAAGACUUCGUGGUGCGCUGAAACGUGAAAGUGAGGAAUUUGUGGCGAAAUACAGGCGUUCGAGCAUGGCAAGUCGAGAGCCGGGCGCGGCAGCGCAAGCCACGUCGAGCGUAGCACUUGUACUUUCAUAG